CGCACACUAGACAGCACUCCAGCACUGGGCCAAAAUCUUAAAAUAAUCAACUGCCAUCUUUCCAAUAAUAGGAAGAAAAAAGAUGAUUUACUCGAGCACCUCUUCCAAUAUUGUCCCAACCUCAUUGCAAUCUGCUCUUCCCUAACUGAUUUGGCAUUUUGGACUCGUCUCAAUUGUGCUGCCAAAAAUGGUUUAUUAAGUAGAAUACAGGAACUUCCAGAACCUCAUGAAGAUAGCAUUGAGACCUACGUGUCUACCGUCUUGGCAUUUCGAAACACACUCAACUGCCUUACACUAUGUGAUCAAAUCGUGCAUAGUCGAGUUAUGGAAAAAAUUGAAUUCGAGGCAUUUGAAACACUUGCCGGUCAAUUACACACUUUUACAGCUUUAGAUUAUCUUAAGAUUUUACGCCACAGCCAUCAGAAUCUGUCAUUUUUGGAAGACAUCAUUCAAGCAUGCCCAGAACUUAUGGGUUUGGAAGUGACAUUCUAUCCUUUGCCAAACUCGGGUCAUCCUAUAAUACCACAGCUUCGAAGUGAUAAUUUUGUCAUAGUGCCUCGUCCCGAUAUCAUACUAUUCCGUGGCUCAGGGGAAAGGAUCAUGAAUAGUGAUCAAUCGCUGGAUUAUUUGAUAAGGAAAUUACCUAAGCUUGAAGAGCUUAGAAUUUUCCAUGUUGGACUUUAUAGCGAUCAACAUGAACAUUUUGACUUUUAUCACUCAUUCGACGUUUCUUUCGGCACUCUGGUCCGUUUCUUUCAUUACAUGUAUCAUAUUCCCUAUCUAAAGGUUGAAUGCAACUUUAGAAUACAAGUCCUGCUUGACGCUUGGGUGGAAUUCAUGACCGUGUCAAAGAUGAACGACAUCCAGCUUCGAAUUGUAUACGACCCGGAUAGUUUCGAGUUUGACCCUCAAGGCCUGCCUAUUGUAUUUUCGACCGGCUUGAAAAAAGUCUUGACGAAAAUGAUGGUUCGAAGUUUAUAUGAUGUUCCACCACAUACAGUGCUUCUUCAGAGGGUAGGGCGCGCGGUCCAAACUCUCAGUAUUGAAAAUAUGUGGAGAAUAAAGGAGCUACCAGAUUGGAGUGAAGUAAUUACAACAGAUGGACUACAGUUACAUCAAGACCUUCAAUUAUGUCCAAACUUAAAAGAACUUAAAGUUAUCGACUCUGGUGGUAGUUUCAGUACUGAUUUACCCCUUGUCAAUCAUGAUUCGUUGGAGUCUUUGUCAUUUAAUUAUACGUCUAGUAAACCAGACCUUGCUACAAGAGGUACAUUACACUUUCUGCUGCCAAAACUCAAGUAUCUUAAUUUGAAGGUUCAAAAUGCGCAUGAUAUGGAUCCCGUAUAUAUGCCUAGUACACAUUUGGAAGUCUUUAAAUGGGAAAUUACAUCAUAUCAAGGAUUAAUCGAUGUCAAUUGGAAGUUCUAUCUCAAGUUUACUUCUGAGAAAGGCGAACAUUUUAUUAUGGGUGAUACUCACAAGUUGUACCCGUGUACGAGAGAAUUAUACGCAGAGGCAUUGGUAACUGAAAAACUGUGCUUGGACAUAACGUGUCUGUAUAUAGAUAAACUCGAGAUUCUACUAUAUAAACCUCACUUACACCAAUCAUAUACUUUUCCAAUUGAAGUCUUAUAAAUUAAAUAAAAAAUAAAGACCAUUUGUAACAAUAAAAUAAUUAACUGGACAUGGUCUCUUUUACUUCCACGUCCUCCAAACACCUG